GAGAUAAUGUCCGCACCGCCCGCAUCCACAGUACGGCAACAACGCACGGGCCUCUGCAUUGACGUAGCAUGUUGCCAUGCACAUUUACAACUCGUAUGCUAUCGCAAUCCCGCAUUCCUCCAAGCCUCUUCAUUCACGCACUUCGGCUCCACCACCAUCAUCCUUGUCAACUUUGUACGCUAUACCUGCGGUGGCUGCUGUUUCGGUUCCUGUGCUCUACCCAAACUCCAUCGCAAACUCUUGGCCAGUAUGGCUUCAGUCAACUCUGCAUCACCCGUCACAAACGGUUUGCCGGACGAAGUUAUCACUUGUCUACAAAAUGCUCGCUUUCUUCACCUCUCUACCUGCGCAAACAAUGUCCCUCACAUCGCCCUGAUGAACUAUACCUACCUUCCCUCAUCACCUUACUCUUCCCACCCCACCAUAAUAAUGACUACGCCACCUUCCUCACGCAAAACUCACAACCUCGAGUCCAACCCGCUCGUAUCCGUCCUAGUCCACGACUGGGUUUCUCAUCGACCCCCGACGCUGAACCAACCUGGUCGCUCUCCCUCUCCUUCUCGUCCGAACCCGCGCUUCGGACCGCUGGCUGAGCUCCUCCUUGGCAUCAACUCUGCAUCUCUGAGCGACAAGAGCACGCAGAUCAAUGGCAUUGCUCAGAUAGUACCAUCGGGGAGCGAGGAGGAGGCGUGGUACAGGGCCCAACAUUUGGCGAACAAUACAUUCGAGUCAACGGAUGCCAUGAAUGCGAAUUCCCCUCUCGAAGGUGGCUUAUGGGGCGGAGGUGGUGCAGCGAGUCACGGGCACGACGAGACAGCUGAGGGGGAUGGUGGGACGAAAUGCUACGUAGAGGGGGAGGAGGUGAGGGUGGUUGUUGUGAAGAUUCGGGACGGACGGACUACAGACUGGAAAGGCCAGGUGAGGGAUUGGGUGGUGGGCCAAGACGCCCCAGCUUCUUUGACAAACGGUAUAUGA